UGGCUAGAGUCAGACUUUAGGACAUUCUCUUCACAACAAUCAUAUCAUUCUUUUGCUGCUAGAUCAGCCUAAAACUUUCACUUCUUCAACAAUCCGAGCCACCCCCAAAGCUACAUAGAAUACACUCUCUUCAAUUUCUAUCAAAGACGCAGAUUCUGUGUACCCUGCUAUUCAAUACUUAUCUAUUGGAAAGCCCCCUCAAUCAUUAUUGUAUCGUCAUCAACCCGUUUCCCGAUACCCUCAUUCAUCAUAAUGUUUUCACCCAAAGGCCAAGAUUAUGGCUCUUUUGGUUUCGCCUUUACCAUCACUCGGGCUUUACAAGCCAUUUGUCUGAUUUGCAUCCUCAGUAUGUCUGCAAAUUUCAUCGCAGAGAUCAAUUCGGUCGACACAGCCCCCCCAUCAGUCAUCAUUGCAACUCUCAGUAUUGUUGUGAUUGUUGUUGUAUUUCUUCUUAUAGGCUAUCUUCUCUAUCUUGAGCUCCAACUCAGCUUCCUCUUGGCUACUGCAUUCGAUACGGCGGCUCUUAUUGCCCUCAUCGUGGUUUCCGUGAAAGUCGGAACGCCUCUUUCUUAUCUGGAAUGUCCCGCUCUUCCCAAUGUUGGGGUGACUUCGGCAUUCGUUGAAUCAGCUGUCGGGAAUUUCUCCAAAGCCAAUUACUACUUUUGGGUCGGUGCAUCGAAGACGGCAUGCUACGAAAUGAAAGCCAUCUGGGGGUUUAGCAUGGCACUUUGCGUAUUAUUUUUCUUCAGUGGCAUUAUCAACAUGUGCAUAUGGAAAAAGAACAAGUUGGUUGCGUUGAAGGGAGAUUUGGAGUAUCAGGGUUAAAUUAAUAUAAAAUUAGAGGUGCAUAGGUGGGAAGAGUUGAUCGAUGUGCA